AUGCAACCAUUUUAACAUUCUAGAGAUGAUUACCUCAAUAAAUAAGUCAAUAAACUUUUAACAAAGGCUUCAAAUAUUCAUAUGAAAACCUGUGAAGUCAAGGUUCCAACAAGGAGAAAUAGCAUGAUUGAAUCAUAUAUUUUAACUAAUGACAUAUAACAAUAGAGUGAUGGAAUUAGAAAAUAGAAAAUAGAUAAGAAUAGAUCAUGCAGCAAUUUAUAAGAUUAUUAAGAAGAAUCCAAUAGCACAUUCAAAUAAUUAUAAUUUUCUUAACUCUCUAUUAUGAAUAAGAAUACUAAAUUAAUUAUGCUUAGGGUUGAAAAUAAGUUAAAGAACUUUAGGUUUGCUAAAGAGAAUGAUAAUACCAUUAGUACAUCCACAAUAGCUAAAAUGCAAUCUUUUUGUUUAGAUAAUUAAUGCUUUGAUUUUUAUAGUUGUACCGAUCUCUUACUUCUUAAGUAUCUUAUUUAUUUACUUCUCCAAGAAAUAAAUUCAUUAAAUUAAAACUAUUCAGAUUAAUAACUUCUACUUUCUCAAAAAUGUGUGAACAAAGACACAAUUGAAACCCUGUAAUAUAAUGUUGAUGAUUUAAAAAACAAGAAACACAGAAAUUCCAUUGAAAAUUUAGACAAGUAAAUUAAUAAGAUGCAAAGAUUAAUUGGUGAAUAAUUAUCAUUACCUAAUUAUGAUAUGUUCACAACACCUUAAUCAAAUAUCAAGAAAAGUGAAUUUGUAUUUCAACCAUCCAGUAAUACUUAAAAAAUAAAAUGUGAUUAGUCGUAAUCCUCAUUUAAUACUUAAAAAAUGAUAUAAUUUUAAAUUGAUGAAUUAAAAAUGAAAAAUUAAACUAUUACAAAAUUAACUUCUAGGAUUAAUAACCUAGAAGAAGAAUUAAAAUUUGUUAAUAAUUAAAUAUCUGAUACUAAUCUAAAUUUAUAAAUCUCAUAAAACUCUUUAACAGUUAAAGAUCAAGAAGUAAUUUAAUAUCUAAAUAGAUUAGCUUAAAGAUCUAAUAAAGAAAAAUGAAAAAUUAGUAGAAACAACUAAUUAAACAAUUUAAGAAAAAGAUAGAUUAUAAGACUAAUAUAAAUCAGUAAAGAAUGAUUAUGAAUUACUAUAGACUAAAUAUAAUGAACUGUAAAUAUAUAAAUUUAAUUUAGAUAAAAGACUAAUUAAAGUAUUUUGAAGGAAAGUUAAAUAUAGAAAAAAUCAUUAAACCAUACUGUUGAAUCAUCUUAAUAGUAAAUGAAAAAAGAAGAAUAAAAAUUAUAAAAAGAAUUGCUUGAUAAAAAUAAACUGAUAGUAAAUAUAAAUUGAAUAAACUAGAGAUUAUUGUCUGAGGAUGGUAAGAUUUUAGGUUAAUACUUAAAAGAUAUCUCUUAUAAAAUAUAAUAAAUUCCUACUGAUUAGAUUCCUUAAAAUCUGUAAAUGCUUUAAAGAGAAUUAUACUUAAAUGAAUGUUUAGUAAACACUAAAUUAAAUAAUAUGCAUCUUGCUUAAAUAGAUUUAGUGAAAUUUAAUAAUGUUAAUAAUGAAGAUAAAAAAUCAAGAAAAUUUAUGAAUUGUCAUAAUUAAUUGAUAGAUUAAAUGAAAUCAUUUUAAAUUCAUUCUGAUUUGAUGGCAAUGAUGGUAAUCUAAAGUGAAAUUAUUGAAAAGUUUAUGUAUUGA